AUGGAGAUGAGCACCUGCCUCACAGAAGGCUUAAAUGAGAUAAUGCCUCCUCCGCGCCCCCGGCGGGCAUGCGCCCCUCCGCGGGCAACUCGAGCACAGGGCCCCAGGCCCACGGAGUUGCCCAAGAGGCCGGGCGGCUCCUCCCCGGGGACCCUCCCCCUCUGGGGCGCGUCAUUCUCCCCACCCCCAGGUCACCCCGGCUGCUCCUCGCACGCCGGCCACGCGGGGGACAAAUCUCAGCCACCUGCUCCGGAGCCGGGGAGCCGGGGCACAGUCCGCCCCAUGGAGCUGCCGGCCAGCAACGCCAGCUGCGAGAACGGUUCCCUAAUCAGCCUGUACUGCUCCUCCCAACAAGUCUUGUGCCAGAUCGUCGGUGACCUCAGCCCCAAGCCCAGCAUCUCCAACAGCUGGCAAGAGAGGUUCAGGCAGAACUACAGCUUCUAUGUCGGCCUGGGGCUGGCCAUCCUGGCCAGCUUCCUCAUCGGCAGCAGCGUCAUCCUCAAGAAGAAGGGCCUCCAGCGACUGGUGGCCUCUGGUGCCACGCGGGCUGUGGACGGAGGCUACGGCUACCUGAAGGAUGCAAUGUGGUGGGCUGGAUUUCUCACCAUGGCUGCCGGAGAAGUUGCCAACUUUGGGGCCUAUGCGUUUGCUCCCGCGACAGUCGUCACACCACUGGGAGCGCUGAGUAUCCUCAUAAGUGCCAUCCUUUCCUCAUAUUUCCUGGGAGAGAGUCUGAACCUGUUGGGGAAGCUGGGCUGUGUGAUCUGUGUGGCCGGCAGCACAGUGAUGGUGAUACACGCCCCCGAGGAAGAGAAGAUCACCACCAUCAUGGAGAUGGCCGCCAAGAUGAAAGACACAGGGUACAUCGUGUUUGCUGUGCUUCUGCUGGUGUCCUGCCUCACCCUCAUCUUCGUCAUCGCCCCACGUUAUGGACAAAGGAAUAUCCUCAUCUACAUCGUCAUCUGCUCUGUGAUCGGGGUCUUCUCCGUGUCCGCCGUCAAGGGUCUGGGCAUCACCAUUAAGAACCUCUUCCAGGGGCUGCCAGUUGUGCGGCACCCUCUCCCCUACAUCCUGUCCCUCGUGCUGGCACUGUCGCUCAGCACUCAGGUCAAUUUCCUCAACAAGGCGCUGGACAUCUUUAAUACCUCCCUGGUGUUCCCCAUCUACUACGUGUUCUUCACCUCGAUGGUGGUAACCUCCUCCAUCGUCCUCUUCAAGGAGUGGCACAGCAUGUCGGCCGUGGACAUUGUGGGCACCCUCUCUGGCUUUGUCACUAUCAUCCUGGGUGUGUUCAUGCUUCACGCUUUCAAAGACCUGGACAUCAGCCAGACCAGCCUGCCCCACAUGCACAAAAACCCAACCCCUCCUCCCGCCCCAGAGCCCAGCGUCGUUAGACUCGAAGACAAGAAUGUUCUUGUGGACAACAUAGAACUCUCCAGUGCCCCAUCACCAGAAAAGAAGCCCAAAGUAUUUAUAAUCCAUUCGUAA